GACGGCUGGUCCAUAUAUGCAAUGGGUUCCAUGCCGACCCGACCCGAAAUCAGUUUCGACACGCACAGGCCUCAGGAAUCACUAGAGUGAGGAGAAGGCGGCUUUGGAUUUGUGAUUUCCCUCCCUUCUCCUUCAUCUUCAACUUCCUCCUCAAUUCGGCCUAAGCAUGGCCUCAGCACCAUCGUCCUUCAUAGACCCCUCCACCGCAACUCCACCCUUCAACCCCAAGCUCCCCCAACCUUCCCUUGUUCCCACCACCCCCUCCUCUUCGCUCAAGCCCGAGGUUCCGACUCCCUCCACCGCCACUCACCGCCCACCGCCAGCGACUCUCUCUCCCGACGCUGACAUUGUCCACAUCCCUAGCUACUCUAGAUGGUUUUCGUGGAACAGUAUUCAUGAAUGCGAGGUCCGGUUCCUCCCUGAAUUCUUCGAUUCGAGGUCUCCUUCUAAGAACCCUAGGGUUUAUAUGUACUACAGGAAUUCCAUCAUAAAGUAUUACAGGCGAAAUCCUUCUGCCAAGAUCACCUUCACGGAGAUCAGGAAGACGCUUGUGGGUGACGUGGGCUCCAUUCGCAGGGUUUUUGACUUCCUGGAGGCUUGGGGUUUGAUUAAUUAUUCUCCUUCGGCUUUAAACAAGCCCUUGAAGUGGGAAGACAAGGACAGUAAGUCUACUUCGCAGAGUAGUGCUGAUGGUGGAGGCACUUCUGCUGAUUCUACUCCUCCUAAGAGGGACACUUCCAAGAGAUUGUGUAGUGGUUGCCAGUCUGUCUGCUCAAUUGCUUGCUUUGUUUGUGACAAGUAUGACUUGACCCUUUGUGCCCGGUGCUAUGUGCGUGGUAAUUAUCGUGUUGGUGUCAGUUCUUCUGAUUUCCGGAGGGUUGAGAUCAGUGAAGAGAUACGGACAGAGUGGACAGAGAAGGAGACAUUACAACUUUUGGAAGCUGUUACGCACUAUGGUGAUGACUGGAAGAAGGUUGCACUGCAUGUUCCUGGUAGAAGUGAAAAGGACUGUGUCGCUCAUUUCAUCAAGCUUCCUUUUGGGGAAGAAUUUGCUGGUUAUACGAACUUGGGAGAACUUGAUAACAAGUAUGACCAAAUAAAGGACUCAACUGAUUCAGAGAAUGGAUCAGAGGGUAUUGGCUCAUCAUCUGCAAAUAAAAGGAUGCGUCUAACACCUCUUGCAGAUGCAAGCAAUCCAAUAAUGGGCCAGGCUGCAUUUCUAUCAGCUUUGGCGGGUACAGAUGUUGCAGAAGCUGCUGCUCAAGCAGCUAUAGCAGCUCUGACUGAAAACAGAAAAGGUGGUGUUGGAUCUCUUUUCAGUAAUGCAACACAACAAGGUGGCGGUGUUAGAUCUAAUGGUGACACCAACCUAAAUCCAUUGGAAAGGGCGUCCUUAGAUGCUAAUUCGGUGCCUGAGAAGGAAGAGCCAGAUGCGGAGAAAGCAAUCUCCGGGAUUAUAGAUGUGGAGAUGAAAGAGAUCCAAGAUAAGAUUGUUCGCUUUGAGGAGAUGGAUUUGCUGAUGGAGAAAGAGUGGCAACAGUUGGAUCAAAUUAAAAAUCUGCUGUUUGUUGAUCAGCUCACCCUUAUGUUUCAUAAGAAAUCAACACCAAAGACUGGGGAACUUAUGGAGGAAAAUGUAAGAACUGAAUGAUGUUUUUAUGUGUAAAUCCAAAUUUUUUUCACA